AUGGAAGAGCACCACCGACGACUCCAUGUCAAGGCGGAGCGUGCGUCGGUGAUAGGAGGAGACAUUGUCGACGGAGCAUUCGGCAGUUGGGCUCUCCGAGCUGCUCGCAGUGAGCACCAAUUGAAGCAACAGAGCAACGAAGAUCUCGCUCAGAAUGCUAGAAUCUCUGCUUUGCUGGGAGAGAUGCGGCCUCGGAUGUCGGCAACACCACCCAACGGACAUCAGCAACAUCAUCCAGUUCAGCAGAGAAGAAAGGCUAAUACCACAAACAUUGUGGACGUAUCUUCACAAAUUCCAACAGCUCGAAACGCAAUCUACGGCUCUUGGCAAGAUCGUCACAGGCCGUCUCGUCUCUAUGGAAGUCAGCUGGUAUCAUCGUCGUCUACACUGCCAAAAUAUGAUCAAUUGUACUGCAACACAAAUGCUAUCAACGGCAAUGGAUCGACUAAUACAAUUGCUACAACUGGAAUCAGAAGAGAACCACCAGAAUACGGCAAGGCUGGUCGAUCGGUAUCCACGUGGCAGAUUACAAACUCCGAACAUCGUCCAACACUACAAGCAGGAUGGCUAAAAAGCUCUCGUCCAUUAGCUCGUGGAGCUCUCUCGCCCGCCGCCUAUUUCCGAGAUUUGGAGAAUCGGCACGGCAGCGGAGCGAGCUCCCCUAUUGUCGGAGGCUUAUCCGUUGUUGCAGUACCAAUUACCCAACGGAUAGUUUCCACCACCGGAGGAGUUCCUGUGAAUGAUGCGGUAAAUGCUCCAGUUUCGACCGAUGUGGAAAAUCAACAGCAGGGUGAAUUGGCAGGACAGGGAACGAGUACCUUGUCACGUAACACUCCAAGACAAGCUAGUUUCAUGGCUGCAAUGCAAAGGCAUCCUUUGAAAGAAAGCAACUCAAUCGAAAGUUCUGAUAAGGAAAAUCCGGAACUUGAACCGAAGGCUUCUCCAUUUGAAAAAGAGGAUUCAGAAGACUCACUAAAUCCCGGAAUCGGUGAGACUCCGAUCAGAAGAACCCGCAAAGGAAAUGCAUCGAUGAGGUGCCGUCAAUCGAGUCGAAGUUUGGGUGGGCUCGAUUUCGAAAAGCUGCGGAUGGGAACUACUCGAAUUGAAGACAACAAUACUGCUUCAAACGGCGACUCUGUGGAAAUGAGCUCCUCCACUUCAUCAUCACGUAAAAACUCCCGUGACGACGGUCUGACCUCUUCUCCUUCUCCAACAGCCGCCCCAGCAGCUCCGGUUUUCUCAACGUCUUCCACUUCUUCGGUUUCGACUUCCGGUGAAGCAGCAUCCACAACAACAGCCGCACCGGCAGCCGUAGCGACCACGUCGAGGCAGACGUCGUCGAAUUCGUCAGUCGACUCGAAUCAUAAUGGUGGGUCGAAGAAAUAUAAGAGGAUACUUGAGUACUCACUUAAAAGCCAAAGGAAACAUAUACAUAGGGACAAGAAUGUUUCUUUUUCCUUGAGGACAUCUUCUUUAGUGCAACUUGGAUUUCAACUAUGUUUUCAAAGCAAUGAAGAUGAUACGCCGCGCCAGACCCAAAUCAUACAAUCGUCUUCGAUUUCACAUGAUACCACCACAUCGGGUCGUGAGUUACCGUCUUCACUGAUGGGAUCCAUGACUUCAAUGGAGUUGAGAAGUGGAAGAGCGACGACGUCUUCAGCAACUACCACAACUUCGAACUCUGGACAGAACACUUCUCGAAGUUUGAAUGCACCACAUCCACCGGCGACUCAUCGUCUCCAAAGAUUCAUUGCACUUUUCAAUUCUAGUGUAAGUAAAGCAUCAGAUGGAUCUGGUGAGCCAAAAAAGUCACGGAUGAAGAGAUCUCGAACAUCAUUACCCGCCAGUCGAUUUGCUCUUCCUGGUACUAUUCUGCAACGGGAUGGUGUUGCUCGCCAAACAUGGGUCAAACAUCAAGAGAUUGCACUUGGAAAGUCAGGAAAACGAAAUCACUGGGAAGAUAGAUGGGCGGUACUGUGUAGAAGAAGCCUGUACCUCUGCGUUGAGUCGCCUGCUUAUACUUCUGAAAAGACAGUUGAACUGAGUAGCCAUACUCGCGUGGAUAUUUGUAAUGCUAUCGUUGAUAUCGCCUACGACUGGCUAUCGUCAUCGUUCUCCAAACAACGCCACGUCGUACGAAUCGUGACACAAAACCGAAGCGAGCAUCUUAUCGAACUAAAUACAGAAUCUGAAAUGCUGUCAUGGAUUUCGGUAUUGCAAUCAAGUUCCGAAGACGGAUUGUCUGCAGUAGGAGGAGUUGCCGACGAGAAUGAAGGAGAAAAUUCGAGUGGGAACAAUAAUAAAGUUUCGUCGAAUUCUGCAAUGCUCCAUAACUCGCAAUCGAUCGCAUCGUUAGCGUCAUCGUCAUGUUCGACAGCGACGACUUCUGAAUUUCUGAAUUCGCAACACCCACUUCAACCAGUGAAUCAACAACAGAAACAACAACAAACAGUUAAUGAAUUGAGCACUGGAGUUACUUCACACUUGCCGACGUCGAAAAGUUUUGGAGGCUUGUCUACGACAGCGUCGUCGACGACGGAAAGCGCCAAGAAUCGGCUGAUUAUGCAUCGAUAUAUCGCUAAAAACUCUCAACUCCAAUCUCCAACUGCCAACAAGAAAAUGGACGUGGAUCCAUCGUCAGUACCUUCUGGAUCUUCGACAACAACCACUGCGUUCCAUCAUUCCUCCCAAGCAGGAACAAGUCGAGAAUCUGAAAAUGGUGAAGCUCUAACAGCAUCUGGAACAACGCCAAAGUCUGGGAGAAAAUGGAAGAAAUCGAAAGCAGCGAAACAGGGAAGCGGAGGUGGUAGUAGUGGAAGCUCUUCGGGAAGUCAGCAACAAGGAGCAGCGGCACCUCAGCCAGUACUCGGUGUGCGGCUGGCAGAUUGCGCAAUUGGAAAUUGUGAAGAUCAUGUUCCGAUGCUUGUACAAAUUUGCGUUUGCGUCGUGGAAACAUAUGGAAUGGACACAGUGGGUAUAUACCGUAUUCCGGGUAACACUGCCGCUGUCAAUGCUCUCAAAGAAUCAUUAUCAAAUAAAGGAUUCGAUAGUGUGGAUUUAUCAAAAGUAGAAUCGCUAGAUCCUCGUUGGAGAGAUGUCAACGUUGUCUCAUCACUUCUGAAAAUGUUCCUUCGGAAGUUACCGGAACCUCUUCUCACUGACAAGCUUUACCCAUUCUUUAUCGAUGCAAAUCGAAUUUCAACACAUCAUAAUCGUCUCCACAAAUUGAGAAAUCUGUUGAGGAAGUUGCCACGACCACACUAUGAUACUCUCCGUUUUCUGAUUAUCCAUCUUUCUGAAAUCACAAAGCACAGUGAUGUUAACAAAAUGGAAUGUCGAAAUUUGGCUUUGAUGUUUGGACCAUCGAUCGUCAGGCCGUCGGAUGACAAUAUGGCAACAAUGGUGACCCAUAUGAGUGAUCAGUGCAAAAUUAUUGAAACUUUAAUUCAUUAUAAUAUUUGGAUGUUUGAUGAAACGUCAACAACGGAAGACGCAGUACCUGAACAACAUCCAGCUGAUGGUCAGAAUCCUUUGGAACCUGGAGGCUACGGAGUUGGUGUACCCACUGGAGUUUCUGCUGCUUCAUUCAAUGACAUGCACAAUCUGAUACGGAAAGCAAAUGAAGACCAGGCGGCAGCAAUGAUGAAUGAAGGUGGAAAAGGGCAGAAAAUCAAAAACAUGCUGCGAAGAAAUUCUCGUCGGGAUAAGUCGAAAUCAAAGCUAAAAAUUGAGUCUACUGCGCCAGCGGCUGUGAAUCCACGUGGAUGGACACAACCGACACCAUCCAAUACAUCGGGAGCCAGCGUCGAGAGUGCAUUCUGUGGAAACUAUCAAGAAAGAGACAUUGAUGCUGAAAUCGAAUGCCGGCAAACUGUAUCCCCUCAAAUGGCGUCCGGAUCAGCUGACGGUGCAUCGUCGACGCGUCUUGAUCAAAGCCCUUCUCUUGAAAGCUCUCUUGGAAGCCUCCCGGAUACAUCAAGAACAGAGCCAAUAUUGGGAUCAUCUGGAUAUGGCAAUGAUGACGAAGAAGGAAAAGAGGCUGCUCGGCGGAAGCGUCAAGAGGAAAUGUAUUCGGCUCGACGAAUCUUUAUUGCUGGAGUGGCGGGAGCAGCGGCAGCAACGACGACAAGUGCGGAUGCAGAGAAAGCGGCAAUUGACGCGUUGGCAAAUCACUCUCAACAUCUUCAUUUGGCCAGCAGUCCGGCAUUUGAGGUGCUUAGUGAGGAGACAAGAGAAAAGAUUCGAAGAAUGCAGAAAAAACAGAGUUGGCAUGAUACAAAAGAGCUGAGGAGUACUGGCGAAUUAUUGAAAACCUAUUCACCAACCAAAGACCUGACUGAUGCUCUCUCAUGCACUUCUGAUUACUCAACAACCAGCUCCGCCCCCCUGAGCACCAAUCCACCUUUGGCUGUUGCUUGUGCUGACCAGCCGAAUUCUAGUUCGGAUUAUGCUUCAAGUGAUCCCUCUCCAUGCGCCCGGAAUCCAUCCACUUCUCCUGCUUCUCGUCCAUCAAAUCUGGCGAUUUCUCCAUCUCAACUCCAUGUCACCACUUCUACCACUUCACAAGCUCAACCACCAAUGAGUAGAAGUCAGAAGAUUCGGUUACGGACAAAACUUGGCUCCCGUGAUCCGGCCAGAAGACAUACGCUUAGUGAUGUUGACACUUUGAAGGAAGGUCGACUCGACAAACUGGCGCGAUGGUUCGGUAUCCGGAAAUCGAGUCCGGAUGUGAGCCGAGAUGAAGUGUCAGAUGACGAUAAGAACAAUACACAAUCCCAACAGCCACCUCCACUUCCAUCUGCCGCGCCUCCAGUUAUUGUUCGAACAUCUCCCAAUGAGUUGACCCCAGUUUCCGGGGAUGAGCAGCUUUAA